GAUUAGAGCAGAGCUUCGCCGUGAUCUUGUCGGAGUGUUCUCAGAUAAUAGAUUAUUGUGACCUAAUCAUGUGCUUUUACCGGUGAGCAGCACGAUGGGCUCGUCACUGGAGGAAAUCCAAUUGAUCACCUGAAAACCGUCCCACCCUUUUUAUAAAGCACACAUAAGACAGCCUGCUAACAACAGCAGGAGCGACUCUCUGACACAGUCACGGACACUUACCGCAUCUUUUUCUGCAAGAGGAUUUCACUGGACUUGACUGGCGGAGGUGUAACAAGUGUGUUUCAGUUGAAUCUGAACUGAACUGGGAUAAAAAUGGGAAACGAGCAGUCCACCCAAAAAGGGCUAACCCAGAAUGGGAAAAUUCCAGAGAAGCAUGAAAACGGAUCAGCGAACGGUGUCACUGCAAACAUCACAUCAACUGGAAUGGAGAUCGAUGUUAAUAGUGAGACCGUAUUCAACCAGAGCAACGAGCCCUUCUCCCUGAACCUCGCCACGGAAUCAACAGAGCCAGACUUUGUGGUCGUGGAAGCGGAACCCGCUGAGGCCCAAGUGGUUCCCGAAAUCAUCGAAGCCGUCGUCCAGGUCGUCGAAGCCAAGAAGAAUAAAUCAGUCUUUGGCAAAAUGUUCAAAAAGAAGCCAGAACCUCCAGCUGACGUCGUGAAGGUGGAACGAUCAGAGACGUCAAAUGAAGACGUAACGGACGGAAGUCCUGCUGCUGCUGAUCCACAGCCGGAGACAGCGACAGCCGACCUAACGCCAGAGGCCCAAUCACCACCGGAGCCAGACUGUGGUGUGACCGCAGACGCAGGACCGGAGGAGGACAACGCUCCCGAGACCGACACCAGUCAACCUGAGGAGAACCAAGAGGAGAGCGAACCCGACAACAAUCCAGUUAUGAACUUCUUCAAAACACUAGUGACUCCCACUAAAACGACCAAAAAGGAAACGGCCGCUCCAGACGCCACAAAAGAUCAGUCCCAGCAGGAGACCCACCCAGCGGCAGCCACCACUACUGCACAAGUCUCCGAGCCGCCUGCAGCACCCAAAGGAAUGUCCAUCCCACCUCCUCCUCCUCCAGAGCCACCGAAGAUGGAAAUCAGGGGAGAAGCAGCUGCCAAACCUGCGAAGCCGACACCCAAAGACGAACCCAAGGCUGCUGCCAAGCAACCCGAGCCCUCGAAAGGAAAAGCUGCCAAAUCUGCUCUGAGCAAACUCUUCCGCCCGAAGACGGCCAAAGAGACUCCACCGGCAGCAGUGCACGUAGAGCUGCAGCCAGGUGUAGAAGAACAGGUAAAACCGGGAGUCUGCUCACUCCUCUCAGCUCUGCAGGGAACACUGUGUUCAUGUACUCUGGAGACGCCUGAGGAGGAGGCAGAGGCAGUUGUAGAGGUCCAGAGUGAAAAUAAGGUGGAAGAUCAGGAGACAGCAGAGGAGGUGGAACAGCCAGUUGUAGAGGAGCAGGUGGUAGAUGGAGAACCAGAGUCAGUGGAAGAAGUUGAGAAAGUGGAUCCCUCAAAAACCGGCACCCUGGAGGCCGCUGCGAAGCCAGAGCCGCCGCCGCCUGUUCAGGAAGAGAAGAAGAAAACAGCCUCGAAAUCACCUUUCCUCUCUUUCUUCAAACCCAAAGAUGAACCCAAGAAGGCCACCCCCGCCCCGGCUGCCGCGGCAGCAGAGGCCGCUCAGACGGUCAAAGCCAAGGAGGAGCCCAAAGCAGCGGCCAAGUCCGUGGAGGUGGUCGUAGAUAACAAACAAGCUUCUGUGCAGGCGGCAGACGAUGCAGCCAACGUCCCCAAGAAACUGGAGAAGAGGAACUCCAUCGGCCUGUUCUUCAAAGGCUUCGGUCUGAAGCGUCACUCUACAGAUGCCGGAGUCCAGGCAGAGCCGGCCGUUGCUGCAGCAGCAGCAGCAGAAAAGGCCAAAUGAACCAACAAUGAAGUUUCCUUGUACAGUUUCUCUCACUCCAUCUCCAUCUCUCUCUCUUCCUCUCUCUCUCUCUUUCUCAUCCCCCCCCCCUUCAGGCUCUUUAUUUACUUUAACGACACUUUUUGUUACGGUUUGGAACGUGGCAGCGGGAAAGGGAAGCUUAGAGGAUAAGAGGAUAAAUGGAUAAAAGCAAGUGAACAGUUGGAACUAGUGGCAAGUUGAACAUGUAUGUGUAUAUAUAUAUAUAUAUUAGGUCAUAUAAAAUGUCUUGACAAGUAUCGCAGGGGGAGUGUGAAACCUUUUCUACAGACAUUUAAUGUGACUUCGCUCCGAUUCCUGCAACUUAAGGCGCCGGGAUUUUACGAAAACACAAAACCACGCUUCGCUUUUACCGAUUAAUUUUGUCUGAAACAUUUAAAAUAAAACAUAUUGUCAUUUAGCUUUAUAGCAGAAAAAUAAUCAUACAUGGAAGAGUUAAUGUGAUGUAAUAGCUUUGUAUAACAAACUGCACUUAUAGACUUUAUUAAUCCACGACAGCUACAUGUAAACUGAAGCACAUGCAGAAUCAUAAGGGGAAACCACAAUCUUUAGUGUGUCUGCAGGAAGCUGAUUUUUUAAGUAUUCGUGUGAACAAAUGCAGCCGAGGUGGCAGAACGGUGUCGUUGCGAAAUGUGUGUUGUUGUCGUGCCUAAAGAAGUCGUCGUCGUCAUAAAUCACAGACAAGUAGCUUUUAAUUUGUUAGCAGCACUUUGUGUCGUGUCAUUAAACUGAAGUCUCACUGUGUGAUAUGUGCUCUCGUUUGCCUUCGUGUGUGCGUGUAUGUGUAACUUCAGUUUUCUCGAAGACAAUAAAAUAUGUAUGUAAGCA